AUGUUUUCCUUAUUGUAUGGAUUGUGGAAAUAUCUGUUCCAGAAGGAGGAGUACUUUGCGUUGAUCUUAGGCUUAGACAACGCCGGAAAGACCACGUUUCUGGAGCAGUCUAAGACACAACUCAACCAUCAGUACAAAGGGGUGGCACUCAAUAAGAUCACCGCAACAGUUGGUCUCAACAUCGGUCGCAUUCACACCAAUGACGCAUCCACCGCCCAAUGCAAUGUGUGCGAUGUGGCCGGCGCUGACCUCUCCAAACGACACCCCAUUGCCAAUGCCAUCGAUGGCACCGAUUCGUGGUGGCAGAGCCCGACCCUACAAAACGGGCGAAAGUUUGAAUGGGUCACCAUUACCUUGAAUCUCAAACAAGUCUAUCAAAUCUCAUAUGUGGUCAUCAAGUCGGCCAUCAGUCCAUUGCCAGGCAAUUGGAUUCUGGAGCGAUCUGUUGAUGGACAGACAUAUUAUCCGUGGCAGUACUUUGCACUUUCAGACACAGAGUGUUGGGAUACAUAUCGGGUCAGACCUACUAUAGGUAAAGUUAGGUACAGAUCUGACGAUGAAGUUAUCUGUACUUCAUUUUACUCCAAGAAUGAUAUCAUCGAGAAUGCAGAAAUUCACACCUCGCUCAUUAAUGGAAGACCCGGUGCUGAUGGACCCAGUGAUGCACUCAGAGAGUUCACAAAAGCACAGUUUAUCCGUUUCCGUCUGCAAAAGAUUAGAACUCUUCAUUCGGAACUUAUCGGAGAUCCAGACAAAGUCGACAAAUCCAUUACCCGAAGAUUUUUCUACUCUGUAAAAGACAUAUCAAUAGGUGGUCAGUGUCUAUGUAACGGACACGCGAGAGAUUGUAAGGCACUGUUAGGCUCUCCUCUACCGCAAUGUCAGUGCGAACACAACACUGGAGAUGAGUGCUAUUAUGACCAAAGCAUUGAUGACAAAAAGUUAAGUCUUUCCAAGUCUGGUGUCUAUGAAGGCGGAGGUGUUUGCAGUAAAUGCCGACAUCACACCAUUGGCAUCAACUGCGAACAGUGCGAAGAUGGCUAUUAUAGACCAGAAGGCGUACUACUGGACAGUGAAAACCCGUGUUCCCGGUGCCUGUGUAGUGGACCGGGUGUCUCACAGUUUUGUGUCAAAGAUGUAUUUCAUUUGAUUGAAGGCAGACGUCCGGGAGAUUGUCUCUGCAAACCGGGAUUUGAAGGCCAUCGAUGCGAGCGCUGCGCCCCUGGAUAUAAGGACUUUCCCCGAUGUGACGAAUGCACGUGUAUUCACGCGGGUAUUGUAAACACGGAGACCUGUGACGGUCAGUGUCUAUGUAGAGCUAAUGUGAUCGGCACUCGUUGUAACAAAUGUAAGAGCGGUCACUAUAACCUCGACAGUGACAACCCGGACGGCUGUGCCCUCUGUUACUGUUUCGGAGCCACCACUAAAUGUGCGUCAAGUGAUUGGGGCCUCGAAAUUGUCAGUAAUCUCGACGACUGGAUGAUCAGUGAUUUGUCCGGAAGAGUUAAAGUGACUCCGAGUCUAGAAAACGGUCACUUAGUUAUAGCCAACGAUGAGGUGCCCGCCUCUGCUCAGAGAGUCUACUACUGGGAAGCACCUAAAGAUUAUUUGGGAUUAAAUCUGUACUCAUAUGGCAAUGAUCUGAAGUUUUUGAUCAGUUAUGUGGUAUCGAGAGGAGAUGUGUCCGGAUAUUUCACAGAUGACGCCGACAUUAUCCUAGAGGGCGGUCCCGAUAAUAUAAGGGUUGGCUAUAAAUGGCACAAACCAUCAGAAGUGGACGAAGUGAACACUACUAUAAUAAUGCCGUUAAGGGAACAGAACUGGUUUAGAGUGGGAAACGACGGCAAGAAGAGUGACGAUAAGGUGUCUCGAGAAGAGUUCACACUUUUGUUGUACGAUCUCAAGAGACUUCUGAUUCGCGCCAAAUUCCAUACGGACCAGAUUGAGGGUGGAUUGUACCAGGUUGAUAUGGAAAAGGCGUCCAAUAUUUCUAAGAGCAUUAAGAAAGCUGAGGGCACCGAGAAAUGUGACUGUCCCCCAGGCUAUACCGGACUCUCGUGUCAAUUCUGUGCGCCUGGAUAUAGAAGAGUGAACAAUAUUCUAGUGAAUGGUAUUUGUGAGAAGUGUAACUGCAAUAACCAUGCUGAGUCCUGUGACCCCUUCACUGGCCAGUGUUCUGAAUGUCUCCAUAACACGACUGGUCCUAAUUGUGGUGAAUGCAAGCCUGGCUUCUAUGGGAACGCUAGACUUGGAUUUGAAGAUGACUGCAAACCCUGUGCCUGUCCUCUACCCAUACCUUCCAACAAUUUUUCACCCACUUGUCGGUUGGAACCGAACAGCAAAUACGGGUACAUAUGUCUCGAGUGUCCCGAAGGAUAUACCGGUGAACGAUGCGAACGCUGUGCGGAUGGAUAUUAUGGAAAUCCAUUAAUUCCCGGAGGAAUUUGUUUGCCCUGUGAUUGUGGACCCAAUACUAAUACCUCAAUCCCUGACUUUUGUGAUCACUUGACCGGACAGUGCAAAUGUAUCGGAAAUACUGGGGGCUGGAAGUGUGAUGAAUGUCUACCUCAACACUGGGGAAAUGCAGCUCUUAAGGACUGUAAGGCCUGUAAUUGUAAUCCUGAGGGUUCAGAAAGUUUGGACUGCAAUCCGGUGACGGGUCAGUGUCAGUGCAAACCAAACUGGACUGGUCUUCGUUGUGACCGAUGUGCUCCCGGUUAUGGAAAUCUCGAACAGAAAUGUUUGGCCUGUGAUUGCGAUUUGAUUGGAUCGACGUCUCCUAACUGUGAUGAGACAACUGGUCAGUGUCCGUGCAGACCCGGAGUGUUUGGCCAACACUGUAAAGAAUGUAUGGACGGAUACUUUGGAUUUUCUGAGAAAGGCUGUCAGCCCUGUAAAUGCGAUCAAAACGGCUCAGAAGGACCUGAAUGUAAUCCAUUAACAGGUAACUUCACGGGUUCGGUAUCACAAGUUUGCGAUGAAGUAUAUGGUCAGUGCGACUGCAAACCAGGUGUUGGGGGCAAACACUGUGAUCGCUGUCUUCCCGGGUACUACGGAUUCUCUUCAUAUGGUUGUAGUCAAUGUGAUCCCUGUACAGCACCGGGACAUAUAUGCGAUCCUAAAACAGGAAAAUGUGUCUGUCCACCAAACACAGCCGGUCCCACGUGUCAAGACUGUGCUCCGGGCACCUGGGGUUUUGAUGUAUUAACAGGUUGUUCUCCGUGUGAUUGUAAUCUUCAGGGAAGUCUCAACAAUGAGUGCGACCACAAAACGGGUGAUUGUGUCUGUUUGGAAGGAUUUGAAGGUCGUCAUUGCGAUAAAUGUCAGUUUGGUUACUAUCGGUUUCCUAACUGUCGGCGCUGUGAUUGUCACGAACCGGGAACAGAGCCGGACCAGUGUCGCGAUGAUGGCAGAUGUCAGUGCGAUGAGACGGGUCAGUGUCCGUGUCGGGCCAAUGUUGAGGGUAGGCGUUGUGAUCGCUGUAAAGAGGGAUCAUUCGCAUUAUCUGCUGACAAUCCUUUGGGUUGUUUUGAGUGCUUCUGCUUUGGAAAGGCCUCCAAAUGCGAGCAGUCGUCGAUGGUUUGGACACAGAUAUUAAUACCACAAAGAGAAGUGGCGUUUGAGAUCGGAAACACUGAUAUCAAAACUUUCCGUACAUUCAAAUUGAUACCCGAAACGGGAGAAACAAUUGGCGUCCGAUAUAUAGUGGAUCAGCCAUUCUAUUGGGCGCUUCCCAAAGAAGCGCUCAACGAUCAGGUGUUGAGUUAUAACGGAUUCAUUCGGUUCCGACUUUACCACCGAAGUGGAAGUCGUUUCCCGGAAAAAAUGCUUCAGAGGUUCCCAUUGGUUAUGCUUCAAGGCAAUCAUCGACUGGUUCUCUCGCAUUCUGGACCAGAAUAUGAUAACAACCCAUCGGUGACAGGUCUCCAUCAGAUAAGACUCCACGAGUCUCAGUGGGUUCAGUUGGACAACCCGCAGAUGCCGGUGACACGUGCUAUGCUUAUGGUUGCGCUUCAAAAAGUUCAGUACAUUUUGAUCCGAGCGACUGAUGGCGCGGACGUCAAACUCGUCAGAAUCACUGACCUAUCGGUCGAUACGGCCAGAGGUGUGGCGCCGGCAACUAAUACAGCCAUUGGUGUGGAGCAGUGUAAGUGUCCGCCGCAAUACACUGAGGCCUCGUGUCAGGACCCGAAUAUCGGUUACUAUCGAAAGAGAAAACCUAAUUAUUUGGAUUCAAAGGACAUCCUUGAUUUGGUGGGUUGGGCUGAGCCCUGUCCCUGUAAUAACAUGAGUCGCACGUGCGAUAAGGAAACUGGCAUUUGUACCAAUUGUGCUGGUUUUACAACCGGUCCCUAUUGUAAUCUCUGUAUUAAAGGCUAUUAUGGAGACCCGACGCGAGGAAUACCUUGCCGUCCGUGUGCCUGUCCUACUGUCGCCAAUUCAUUCAGUGACACGUGUGAGCUCAGGGGUACUAACGAUUGGAUCUGUACUAACUGUACGGAAGGAUAUACAGGAGUUCACUGUGAAAUCUGUGCGGAUGGCUAUUGGGGUAAUCCUAUGAGUCCUCGAGGUGUUUGUCUGCCCUGUAAUUGCAGUCCAUUUGGAUCAAUUCAUAAUAUCUGUGACAAAGUGACUGGUCAGUGCCGGUGCAAGGAGGGAAUAUCUGGAUUAAAGUGCGACAACUGUCCGCCCAGGCAUAUAAUCACAGACGAGGGAUGUCUGAAUUGCGACGACGAGUGCACGGGACUACUUCUGGAUGACGUCGAGUUCCUACAGGUUCUGGUAGAGGAGGCAAACCUAACAGAUGUGGGAAACCUUCCGUGGACUCGAUUAUUGCAUUUGACCAAUAAAUUCACCACGUUGAUUACGCGAUUGAAUAAAUACCAAUACCUGGUAUCACAGGGCCAUCAACUCGUUGGCAAUUAUACGGUGGGCUUUGAUCUCGAAACAUGGGCUGACAUAUUAUACCUGAAGUCACGUGAGCUGAGUAAUAGAGGACCCCUUUUGGCUAAAGAAGCGGAGAAUGUGAAGAAUGACGCGCAGACUGUCCUCGAUUUGCUCAACGAUUUGUGGGAAAAGAUCAUUGAAGUGGUGAACCAAUUGCGUAGACAUGGAGUUGACUCUCACGACCCCAUUGGACACAUAUCUGACCGCAUGCUUCAGGAAGCGGAGCGCAUAUUACGAGAACUACAGGCCAGGGAUUUUAGACCUCGUAUUGAAGAAUCAGACAGAGAGUUAAGAAAAGCUAAGAACCUAUUGGAUAGAGUCCGAGCACUUUUAACAGAUCGCAAACAUACCGGUCCUCUUAAAGAACGAUUGGAUCGUUUGGCUGAACUUCUCAGAGAUAUUCUAUCGAUAGUCCAAAACAAGAUUCAACCGCCGAUUCAGACGACCACCAAAUUAGUUCAGGAGUCGCGACCCAUUAAGGCAUUCAUUCACGACGCCAUUGCCAACAGUUCAAAGCACGCGGAUGUGGCCAACGCUACCCUCACUGAAGCCCACAUCCUGUUAGAGGCGGCCAAGAAUGCACUGAUUGAAGCGGCCGUCACUUAUGAUAUUCUGCCGCGACUUCUGGUCGAAGUGGACAACGGGACACAACUCGUGGAGGAGAGGCGAAGCAUUUUGGCCCGACUUAAUCCCGAAUAUACCGAAAAAUAUGUGAUUCCCUGUCAAAGACAUGCCGAAGAACUUAUACGACAAGUAAACUUCUUGAACGGACUCUUCAAUUCGACUCGAGAUGUGGCCGAAUAUCCGCUAAAGGCUGCGAAAGUCUAUCAGAAGAUUAUCGAUGCGUUGGCGGCAGCAGAGGACGCGGCAAAGAAGGCCAAUGCGGCCGCAGAGAGGGCUUACAAAGAGGCCUAUCCCGGAACAGAUGACGCGCUUACUCUUAGAGCCAGAAAAGCCAAACAAAGGAGUGAUGAACUGCUGGCGCAGGCGAAGGAUAUUCGAGACAAUAGGGUUCCGGAACUGGAGAGAGAACUGGCGAAGAAACGGAUGCGAUUGGAUGUGAUCAACGAUGACUUAGUGAAUGGCAAACGAAACCUCGACCUCAUUAACAGAGCUUUGGAUGGAUUACCGAAAGAUCUUUCAGGUAUUCUUCGCGGAGUUGAGUCUAAACUGCGAAACAUUUUGGACGGACUCGAAGACAUGCACCGACGCAUCGAUGACAUCGACAGACGAAUUGCCUCAGAUUUGAUGCCAAAACUCAAUCGUCUGAAAGCGGGAACGACAUCCGGUUUGGAUAACUUAACCAAAAUCAUAGAACAGGCGAGAAGUGACUUAAGGGACUCCUCACGACUGGCCGAUAGGGCGCAAGAGAUCGCCGAUAGAGUGAAUCGACUGCACAAUCAAAUGGAGCUCAAUAUGAAGGAACUGAAGGACCGGAUCCUAUUGGCCCGACAGAAGGCCGCCAGCAUUCGUGUCUCACUCGGCGCCGAUAGGAGUGGUGUCUGCGCCCGAUCUUAUGAGCCACAGAUAGAGCCCUCCGUUUCCAAUAACAUUAUCCUCAACUAUGCCAUCAAAGACGAGGCGCGCGAUUGCCUUCUGUUCUUCAUUGGAAGCAAAAGAACCGAUGACUUCAUGGCUAUAGAAAUGGUUGACCGAAAGAUACGGUUCAUUUGGAACGCCGGCGGCGGCACUAAGAUGUUGGCCCACAGUCUCAACAUUGAGACCAACGAUCAGCAGUUGCUGAAAGACAGUCAAUGGUAUAAAAUAGAAGUGAAUCGCAUCCGAAAUGUGGCCACACUUACAGUCAAGAGAAUACCCGAUGGACUGAAAGCGGAUCCGUUCGAGAUAUCCGACUCAUCACCCGAAGGAUUCAAUCGAAUGGAUUUGAAUCGCGACUCAUAUUUCUUCAUCGGAGAAGUGCCGCCAGACUUCAGAACUCCUCGAGAGCUGAGAUCGCGUUCGUACGCCGGAUGUCUUUAUGAACUAUUUUUAGAUGGAAAACCUGUCGGACUCUGGAAUUUCACUACAAAUAAGGGCUGUGAGGGCUGUAAGGAAGGCGCGACGGAACCUAAAGAUUUAAGUACUUUCUUAUUCAAAGGAGAAGACUCUUAUGUAAUACUCAAUCAAAUUAAACGCUACGAUAAGAAGAAGUAUUUGGUGUCACUUCAGUUCAAGACCUUCGAUGAGGAGGCGUUGCUCUUCUUCACAGCAAACCCAACGACCGGUGAUUUUAUAGCAAUAUAUCUAAAGGAUGGAAGAGUGGUCUAUCAGUUCAAUGUCGGUAAUUCACCCCGACUUUCGUUGACCAGUAAAAUGAAGUACAAUACGGGACAGUGGGUUAAGUUAGACGCUGAACGCGAAAAACUAGAGGGAGUUCUCUCUGUUCAGGAGGAAUAUCUUGAAGGAAGGUUACCAUCAGGAAGUCAAACAAAUCUUGAACUCUCUGAUAGUGAGCUAUACUUCGGAGGCGUUACGCCUAACUUCACAUCUUAUCACUGGCCGACUGUUGUGUUUAAGCCCUUCCUCGGCUGUAUGAAAGACCCGCAAAUAGAUACCACUCCUCUAAAUCUGAUGCAAAUGCAGGCGUUUGGAGUGGAAACGGGUUGCAGAGAAAAGACUAUUAAAGUGGUUAACUUUAAAGGAUCUGGAUAUUUGCAACUUAAUGGAGAGCCCCUUAAAGAGGACGCAGAUUUCAGUUUUACUUUUAAAACAACACAAAACGAAGCACUUUUGCUAUUAUCUACAUUUGAAGGCACAAAAGGACCCCGGGGUCGCGAUUCGCACUACUACUCCCUAUCGAUCGUAAAUGGCGUACUGGAGGCCAGAUUUAAUGGCGGGGUAGGGGAGACCAUAUUGAAUGAUCAGUUAAUGACUGUAAAUGACGGGCAAUACCAUACAGUUUCCGUUCAGAAAAAACUUAGAAAAAUAAGUCUAGCCCUCGACGACAAAGAGGUCGGAACCACUCGUCUGGCCCGCGGCACUAAAGACAUCGAUGCACCCACUGCUGGAGGCCUUUAUUUGGGAGGUUUACCCGACGGAAUGUCGUUGAAGGGAAUGGCGGGCACUAAAGAGCCGCUAAAGGGUGUCAUAAGAGACGCCGUAUUCAAUGGAAGACUAUUAAAACUGAAUGAGCCAGUUGCUUUUGAAGGGGUAGGCAUUGGACGAGAGAGUGAUGGCUUGAAUAGUUUUAUAAAUGGUUUUCCUGAUGAUUUCCCCGAUCCAAUGGAACGGAUGAUGCCCUCCCAACCCUAUGAUACCUGUGCAGAGAUGCCUGAGUACUCAUCGGAAAGGCGAGCCGUGGAGAUCGGCGAUGCCUUGCAUUCGCACAUUAGCCUCAAUCGAGACGCUAUGGAGUUCUCGCAAGACUUUAAUCUAAUGUUUGAGUUCAGAACCUAUUAUCCGAAUGGUCUGAUAGUCUUGAUUAGAGGCCACAACAAUAAGAUUAGAUUUCAAUUGACAUUAGCGCUGAGGGGCGGGUAUGUCAUCGCUGAGCUUUCCGAGAAAAAGCGAACGGAACUCAUUAGUAGUAAUAGAGAGCCGCUUAAUGACGGCCACUGGCAUAACGUAACGCUCGCCAAAGUUGGCAAAAGUUUUUCAUUAAAAGUAGAUAAUAAUCAGUUAGUCGAGUCGACGAAAGUGAGGAAAAAGAUACCCCUUAAAAGUCCCAUUUAUAUUGGAGGCGUUCCCGAAGGUCUCAAUGAAGUCAAUAAUAACGAGUUAAACAUAAUGAGAGAAAGUUUCAAAGGAUGUCUCAAGAAUUUCCACAUUAAUCACAAUUAUGUCGAUUUGGCCUCAGGUUUGAUGCAUAACGUGAGCGAGUGUUUCACUCGUAUCGAAAAGGGUGCCUAUUUUGCGGGCGACGGAUACGCUAUAUUUGAUGAAAAGUUUAAUUUGGGUUUUAAGGCAGACAUUGAACUAGAAUUUAAAACAACGCGUUUGAAUGGAAUCCUAUUGAGUGUAAGCAAUGGCAGUACCAGUGAUGGAGUGCCGGCCCUUUCAAUAGAGCUCUUCGACGGAGAUAUCAUCGCAUCAGUCGAUGUAAGCGACGGUCCCAUCAGAGCUGCGAAGAAGUUUGAUUCAAAGUACGAUAUGUGUGACGGAAAAUGGCAUUUGAUUAAAGUGUUGUACACCAAGAACUCCAUCUCACUUAAAGUGGACAGACAUGAAGUCGCUUACGGUCUCAAUGAGAAGGAACAGAAAAAGUCUGAGCCCUUCACGUCAGCGCCUCUCUAUAUCGGAGGACUGCCCGUGUUUUACAACAAACGGAUCCGUUUAGGGGUUGUCUGCGAAAUGUUGCCAUUAAUGACAAGCGAAAGGAUUGGAUCUCUGAUAUGA